CGUAGGAGAGCGGGGAGAGACAGAGAGAGAGAGAGAGAGAGAGAAAUGGUAAAGAAAUCAACAUUAUCUAAUCAUUUGAUAAUGAGUUAAAUAUCUUCUCAUAAGUUAAUCAAUCAUAAGUACCUAUACAUACUUCAUAUCAUAUCAUAUCAAUUAUCUCCCCGUCCUUCAAUUCGGCUUCCAGUCCCAUCCUCUCUUUCCUUCCUUCCUUCCUUCCGCUGCGUUCGUUGCACGGAGAUAUCUCCGCUUCCAUAACCUUGAAAGCCUCAUCCGAACAUUCCGACUUCCCUGUGCGUCGAUUGAGCUGAAAUUGGAGUAAAUAAACUUCAUUGCAACUACCAUACAGCAUUAUAAAUCAUUUUUCAUUCAUUGGCAGUCCUUCAAAGCUCUCAAGAUAUCAUUAUACUUUACUACUAUCAUAUCUAUCAUAUCGUCUCACACAUUCAACAAAGUUUCUCUGCAGAUUGGCUGAGACAUCGAAUAUCUACCUUGCUUAACUUUGACAUACAUGAAAAAGAAGAUCACGAGACAUCAGUUUUUUAUUUCAACUCAAUUAUAUAUCAAACCUACUUCUACGAUAUAUAUAACUGUCCCUGUAAAGGGACUAUAUAAAUCACGCCAGAUUCUGCUUGAAGAAGGAACAAAAUGAACGCAACAUCCUCUCUCAAUUUCCCAAUUUCAACCGCCAUUUCUCCAGCAUUCGAGAAAUGGAGUCACGAGACCAUUAGAGCUGCUGCUUUCUUUCUCAUUCCCACCGAGAUUUUCUAUUUCUCCAUUUACUUCUUGCUCAAGGGGCAAUAUGGAAAGUAUAAGAAAUUAUCGGCGUUAUCUUUAGUCACAUUUUGGUUGAGUAGUUGGAUGAAUCCGAUUUCUUGUGGCCCAGUAGCUGCGUUGAGGAAUUUCGCUGUUGCAAUUGCGACCCUCAGACUCUUGGAUGUAUAUGCUCGACACCGCUCCCUUCCUCAACUCAGAAAUGAUCCGCCAACAUGGAAACACGCACUUCUCCUCUUAACGGAAAUGCGCUAUGAAUCUUUUACUCCAAAUUUCGUUCGUGUUCCUCGAUCUCAGGAAACUUUCAAUGAACCGUUGCAAUUCGCAAUCCACGUCGCCAUUUUCUGUGCUUUGCAAGCGUUACCACAGGAUUGGGCAUUGGUUCUGGCAUUUGAAGUUCAAUUAAGUAUUUACAUUAUCUGGACAGCUAUUCAGUUACUAGUAAGGUACAAAGGUAGUCCUGCCCUUUUUGGAAGAUUGUAUGCUGUAGAGAGUUUAGGAGAUUUCUGGUCAAAAACAUGGCACAAUGUAUUUUCCGCCCCCUGUGCCUCUCUCGCCUACGAUCCUAUCCGUCAGAAUCUUCCAAAACUAGGAGUUUCAAUCCCAAUCGCUCGAUCGAUGGGCAUCUUAGCUGCCUUUUUCCUAAUGGCGGCUUUUCAUGUUUAUGCUUUAGCUCCCAUGUUGACGGAUAAAGCACUUUUCCGCAUCGGAACCUUCUUUGUGCUGAAUGGCUUUGCGACGGUGGGAGAAGCGAUGGUUUGGGGAAGAAAAGAUAGUUGGGUUAAGACUGGAUUGGCGUGGGUGACGGAAAUGAGUUUGGCGGCUUGGACGGCGGGUGCGUUGGGGAUUCCGAGGGGGGUACAUGGUAUUAAGUGGAGGGACAUUUGUGAGGUGAGGAUCUAGCGGAUUGUUGGGUUGGGGUUGCGGGAAGAGUAUCUUGAUGAAAUGAUGAAGUAUCAUGCUUGGAAUUGUCUUUGGAUGAUAAUGCGGUUGGCAUGGAAAAUGCAACGUAAUGAAAAUGAAAAUGAAUGAAUACAAAUAACAACACAGAUAUGAAUAAGUAACUAUGAUCUUAUAAGUUCUUAACAAUUUUCUCAGCGUCAAAAUUCUUCUUCCUCCUUAUCAUACCCCGAAAUGAACGCCAAGAAAUAAGAACUCCCUCACAAUCCUCCAGCUCUCCUCUCAUUCUCCUCCCACCCUACUCUCCACAGCUCAACUUCCCGCUGCAGAUUCUCGAUCUUCUCUUCCAUUUCCCGACUUUUCCUCUCGGCUUCCUGUCUCUUCGUCUCGGCUUCCUGUCUCUUCGUCUCGGCUCCGGCGAUCUC